GAUGUAGAUGAAUGUGCUGACAACUUACAUUACUGCGACGCUAGUGCCUUGAACUGUACAAACACCAUUGGAUCCUAUAGCUGUGUUUGCAACCAAACAUAUGCACCAUAUUAUGGAGAUGAGGGGAAAAAGUACAUUAAUGUAAGUGAGUGAAUUAAGCCAAGAAAUAUAAAAUGAUCCGAGUGAAGGUUGCAGGGGAAUGGGGGUUGAUGGCUUAGUUGGUAGUGCGUCUUGGGAUCCUAUUGACGUUUAGCGAAGACAGCAACUACUUUAGGCCCUUUACUUUAGGCCCCCUGUCGCGUAAUUUUUACGUGCGUACGAGAGGAAAAAUUUACCAGUUAAAAGAGAGGCAAUAUAUGAAGGAUCGCGCGUAAAAGUAAAACCUUGUCCAACUUCACGUUUAAGUGCAACACUUCAUACCUUGUCUCUAUUUUAUUUACGCGAGUAAAAUUUACGUGCGUGUACACGCACGUGAAAAUUACGCGACAGUGGAAAUCCACCCUUACUCUUGGUAAUCAAAUUAUUAUAAUGACUAAUGGAGUUGCGAAAAGAAAGGCCUGAAAAAAAUUCAGUCUUGUACCGGAUUCGAACUCUUGACCUAUGCGAUACUGGUGCAGCGCUCUAACCAACAGAGUAAGCAGACCAACUGGGAGCUAGUCGAGAGAAUCUAAACGGCGCGGGUAAAUUGUCGUGCCAGGCCCCCAUCAUUCAAGAAUGAGAUUUUAUGACAGUCUGGAUUUUUUUGAAAAAUAAGAAGAUUUGUAUGGAAAAAGUUGUUGGAGAGCAACUUAGCCUCGCCUUGAAACAGAGGCUUAGGGCAAUUCGGAAUUGGUCUAUUUGUUCGUAAUAUACCCGGCAAAGAUUACAAGCUCUCUUCCUGUAGAGCACUUUUCGAUUAUAGUGGCUGCAUAUAUGCAAAAAAAGUGGUGAACCUAAACGCAGAGGUCAAGCUCACAAGGAGGAUUCUUGAUGGCAAAUGAACCGUAGUUAACUUAGUAAGAGUUAUAGCAAGCAUUCAUGGUAGUAAAUUUAACUGUUUUCAUAUACGAGCCUCUCUACUGGCGAGUAACCGCGGACAUCGUUUUCGUCGCCCUUUUAAUUUCCCAUCAAUCGCCAGCUUUUCAACGAAAUCAUCGCAUAUCAAGAGUUGUUUUGCGUGGUAACGCUACUGGCGAGUUGGAACAACCACGAUUACGGCGAAGGAAACGAGAAAAUAAAAAAAAGCAUGCAAUAGUAUUGACUGAUAAACAGAAAAAAACCUGAACGUGCAGCGCACAUUUUGAAAAAAAAUUCCCCAUGCCAUUGUCGCCGGAGCAACGUUGUCAAACUUUAUCGAAAAGGCAAUAAGAUCUUCGCCGCGACGUUUAAGGCCUCGUCCACACGUAUCUGGAUAAUUUUAAUCCGCAAAUUUUUCUUUCGGGAUUCAAAAAUGUUCACGUCUACACGAAUCCGUAUUCAAAUCGAAUUUGCCUGUCCACACGUAUCCACUCUCAGUUAAUUGGCAAAGCGAUCUUCGGCUCUUGCAAAAAUGUUAUCGCCAAUCUUCUUCAGUAAAUGUUUCACUGAGAAAAUUGUCCCAUCAAGCACUAUUUCGUUUCGUUUUCGUUUCGUCCGUCCUACAUGGAAAGAAGCUUCAAAAUGUCGAGCCGCUGUUGGCAUUAUUGAAGUUUACAGUAAUGAUAGCAAGGUUUAACUACACACACGUUAUAACACUUGAAACUGAAGUACGAAAAGUAAAGAAGUGUGUGACAUUGCGCUGGGCACCGUCUUGAAUAUUCACGGUAACGAACUGGGCUCGAUCUUGUGACGUUACUGAAUAACAAAUGAUUCACUGGAUAAGUGUGGAAGGAAGCCAAAUGCGCAAAUAAAGUUGCGGAUUCCCGUGUGGACGGGGUCUUUAACUCUAAGAUCGUUGUUUCAUCAAUAGCCGCGAUCGUCUCGACUUCGCCCAAAGAGAGUCUCAUAUACCUUUGACAUGACUAUCCGUGUACAACUACGCUGAGUGCCACCUGUGCCGCUGGCGCUAAUACCAAAGAUAAGAACCAGAGAUUUCUUUUCUUUUUUAAAGGUGGUUUUGAUGCAUCAACUAUUCUUGGCAACGACAGUAGGUAUUUGGAGAAUUUGAGGUCGUUUUUGGAGCCCGUGAUCAAUAGUUCAGUCCGUAAUAGGUUUGUGAGGUGUUGGCACGCUAAAGAGGACGGCUGGGCAGCGUCUACGUUCCACGGCAACUGUGAUGACAAGGGACCCACUGUAACCAUCAUUCAAGUCGGCAGUUUCAUAUUUGGUGGAUACAUUGACGUAUCCUGGGAAAGCCCACUGCGUGAGUACAUUUACAUGUACAUUUUUUUGUUUGCUAACAACGAAGAACGAUAAAGUAGUACAGCGGCGUUUGGCUUGAGUACAUGUACUGACAAAAAAAAGGAAGGAUGUCUUUUUGGUUACGUACAAUUCAAGGCGAGAAAAUUAUUCCUCAGCAAUCAGAAUCGGCCAUUUUCAUUAUGACGUCACUUGAAUACAACUACCAGAAGUUUGUUUUUCUCUAAUUCACAAUUUAAAUUAAAUUAUCCCGGUCAGGUUUAAAUCUUAUAAGAAUCGAUUUUGAAAUACAUUUUAAAACAUAAGUCAAUGAUAAAAAAGAAACUUGUCUUCAUGUCAUCAUUAUCAAAGAUAAUAUAUAUUUCCAGGAAUCAUGUUAAUUUCUUAUCUUUUGAUAAUGAUGACAAGAAACCAUCGAAACGUCAAGUUACUUUUUUAUCGUUGAUUUCAGGUUUAAAUCACAACAUCAAUAAACAAAAUCUUGCAAAAUUUGGUUUCGCCCUCUCCUUACAAAACCCAUUAAAGGGCCACUGGAAAGGAGAGGACGCCUCUGGUCCCAGCCUAAUUUUACUGAAUUAUCUUUAAAGCUCUGUAACUAUGAACUACGGACUCUUUUUAAUGAAGCAAAGUGUGGCUUAAGAACUACCAACUACCCCCCGGGUCAAGGUAAUCAGAAGGAUAAAAAGGAAAAUUUUCCCGUGUAAAAAUCAAGGUAGUUACAUCCGUGAACAUUCAUGAGCAAAAUUACUUUAAAAACAGAACGAAACACGGAAUCAAGUGGUUCAGCCAUGCAGAGGCUAAAUGAAAAAAAUGUAUCAGAUACACGUAUGAUACUGUCUGUCAUUUUUAUAGUCUUAAUGUAGGUUUCAUUCUAGCUUGCACCAUGCUCUUUUCUACUAACACUGAGGGAUUCCAGUGUAGGGAGUCUGCUUAUAGCAAUUUGUUACUCCCCUAAAACUGUCUAAUUUUCUAAAACACUUUUCUCCCCCCCCCCCCCACCCCCCACUAAUUUUCAAAUUGUCAAAGUCAAUACAAUGUCAUUACUGUACUCAGCAAGGCAACAAAUGGAUGUAUGGCUCAUGACACUUUUUUAGGAACUUUGAAAAAUUUAUACAAAAACAGCAAAUUUUAAAAAUGCGUUUAUGCAUAGGUUGCCUAGGGAUGUUUGUAUGUCAAGCUGGACUUGCACUCACUAUUUUAAACAGAAGUCCGGUUCAUUGAAUAUUCCUAAAAGUUGAUUUUUUAUGAGCGCCUUUAGUAAGGUUUGUAAGAAUUGUAAAAUGUCGUCAUUAUCUCCCAGCUGGACAUUAUAGGAUUGGAUAUUCAAGUGAAGCCUUCAUCUACUCAUUGACCAAUAACAAAGGUUCUGGACCACACGCUGUGUACAAUCCUGUUAAGCUGCGAGUUAAGCUAGAUAAGUACUGUCGGUACUUUGCUGCUGUAUCGAGUGCUUCAUAUGGACCAAGAUUUGGCUGGAGUGAUAUUGUCAUAUCAAACAACGCUACUAGUAACCAGGAUUCUUAUACUUAUUGUGGCGGGUACUACCCCCUCCCCCCAGGGUAUUCUUUAUAUGGUCGGUUUAAGUGUACGUUCUAUGCUGGAAGCUACAAUUUCACGCCAACAGAUAUCGAAGUGUUCUGUGAAACAACCACAUAAAGAACUGUAUCCUAAGCUUUUGACUUUGUGCUUUUCGUUGUUGUCGUUUGUUUGUUUAUGAUGAUAUGACUUUAAUGUAACGCAAUUUGAGCUCCUCCGCAUCCUUCGAUCCAGUUUCCCCUCUUCUUUACUUCCCAUCAUCCCUCGCGCCCUUAUCCGUCCGCUCCGCUGGGGACCAAGCCUUCUUAUUUCACUUUGGAGUCUCUGUGGGUAGGUAACAUUAAUCGUAAUGCACCUAUCAAUGUAAUGCCGGCGGGCGGGGGAGACAGGG